AUGGUACUUUUAGCGUGGUGGUGCAUUGUUGAUAUCACCGCGUACAAUCUUAGGGUGAAUAACCAGUGCUAUACUCCUUUCCUUAUACAACAACCAAUGCCACUUGAACUCAGCAAAGCCGAAAAGGCUGAACUACUACGAAAUUUGAAGACCAUAAAGGCCACCCAUAUCGAAUAUCUACGCAAAGAAGCAGACAAGAUCAGCAAGAGCUGUGAGAAGUCAGUGCUACGAAGACUUCGAAAGGUUAGCAUGACAGCACAACCGUUAAGGAUUGCUGACGUGCUUGAGAUGGAACGCCAUGAGACUCCAACUAUACCCAAACUCAAUGGUCAGAAAAAGUGA